ACUUAAGAACUUAAUAAAAAAUUUAAAUGUACUCCUUUUUUAUUUACUUAAGAAAAGAAAAAUUGGAGAAACAGAUAAAUGGAGUAAUAAGCAAUGAAAUGCCCUCUCUUUCCCAAGCUGGUAGCUUAUUUCCAGUACUUUUCUUAGCACUUUAUAUACACAAUCUCAUUUCAUCCUCACAAUGACACUUACAAGAUAGACAUAAUUAUCUCAAAGUUUUAAUAAAACUGAGUGUCUAUAGAUGUCAAGUGACUUGCAAGAGGCAGAAGCAGAAUUCAGACCCUUUGGAGCUGCUUGACUCCCACGCUCAUUCUUUCAUUAUAACUCUUUAUAAGACAAUGUGUAGUCAAACUAAAUUAUGGAGCCUUCUGGGCAAACUGAAACCCCAGUACAGAUCACACUUCAGGAAAUGAGGAAAACUGGGAUCAUGGACUCUAAGAUGCAUUUUUUUUUUCACAUUUUGACAUCUCUGAAAUUAGGUAUAUCUCACCAGGAAUGGUGGCCAUGGUUUAAUCAGCAAGACUUUCUUUUCCCCUUUCUUUGUGCUAGCUAAAAUAGUAGUGUGUCUUGCAGUCGGUUCUGAUAUUUGACUAAACACAGUAAGUUCAGCUACCAUUUUCCCAAUAUCCUGUCUGCAAAGGAACAAAUAAGAGUCAAACAAGUUCUGAAAUCAAGGGACGGGCAGAGAAGACCACAGCUAGGGUUUGACCUAAAACUUGGCCUGGGAAUUUGAAUCAGAGAGAAGGACCAAUGUUGAUCGCAUGUGGAAGAGAAGGCCAUCUGGCCCCAGCACUGCCUGAUAGAGGGCAGGGCCCCUUCAGUGCUUAUUUAAGUGAACUCAGUGAAGCUCAACUGUUCUGCAGUUGCCAGAACAAGAGCCAGGGUGCUUGAGAAAGCUGGACAGACCUGUGUAGGUCUGCAACAUCCUCUGAUGAUGUGGCUGGAUUAUAUACUCAGCAGAGAGCUGCCUGGCCUUUGUUUCUUCGGGGACUGAGAAAGAAAGUCAAUCUUUUUGUAAUUUGUACCAUCUUUCACCUAUGCCUUCACCUGAUAGUAAAUAUAGUCCUUUUAUGUUCUGUGAUCUAUCUGUGCUAGGGCCCUGAAGGAGAGAGAAGAGAAUUAUAUUUCUUGAGACAGUCCCAGAAGUAACAGAGAAGCCUCAAGGGUGGUGGUAGCACUGAUUUAUGGAACUUGGGGGUUAGGAGAGGAGCAUGGGCAACAGAGACUGAUGGCAAAGACCCUCAUUCUGUCACCUAAAAGAUGGGGAGAUGGAUGGCUGAGGCGGUAAUAGCCAAGUCUGAUGCUGCACAAAAUGUGAGCUCUAGAGAAGAGGGACUUGGUCUGGCUCAUUCUGUGCUAUAUCUCUAGUGCCAAAAACGGUGCCAGGUACAUUGAGGGCAUGCAAUAUAUGUCUGUUGUUGUUGUACAGCAUUGCCUCCCCUGCACAACCCCACCAAAAUGGCUGCUUUGGGACACACGUUCCCCUUCUAUGCUGGCCCCAAGCCAACCUUCCCAAUGGACACCACUUCGGCCACCAUCGUCAUGAUCUUUCUGACUGCACUGGCCACUUUCGUCGUCAUCCUGCCUGGCAUUCGGGGCAAGACGAGGCUGUUUUGGCUGCUGCGGGUGGUGACCAGCUUAUUCAUUGGGGCUGCAAUCCUGGCUGUGAAUUUCAGUUCUGAGUGGUCUGUGGGCCAGGUCAGCACCAACACAUCGUACAAGGCCUUCAGUUCUGAGUGGAUCAGCGCUGAUGUUGGGCUGCAGGUCGGGCUGAGUGGAGUCAACAUCACGCUCACAGGGACCCCUGUGCAGCAGCUGAAUGAGACCAUCAAUUACAAUGAGGAGUUCACCUGGCGCCUGGGCGAGAACUAUGCUGAGGCAUAUGCAAAGGCGCUGGAGAAGGGGCUGCCAGACCCUGUGCUGUACCUAGCCGAGAAGUUCACUCCGAGAAGCCCAUGUGGCCUGUACCGCCAGUAUCGCCUGGCAGGACACUACGCCUCAGCCACACUGUGGUUGGCAUUCCUUUGCUGGCUGCUGGCCAACGUGAUGCUCUCCAUGCCUGUGCUGGUAUACGGUGGCCACAUGCUGUUGGCCACGGGCAUCUUCCAGCUGUUGGCUCUGCUCUUCUUCUCCAUGACCACAUCACUCACCCCACCCUGUCCCCUGCGCCUGGGUGCUUCUGUGCUGCUUACUCACCAUGGGCCUGCCUUCUGGAUCACACUGACCACAGGACUGCUGUGUGUGCUGCUGGGCCUGGCUACGGUGGUGGCGCACAGGAUGCAGCCUCACAGGCUGAAGGCUUUCUUCAACCAGAGUGUGGACGAAGACCCCAGGCUGGAGGGGAGUCCUGAAGAAGGUGGACUCCUGAGUCCCCGAUACAGGCCCAUGGCUGACAGUCCAGAGCCCCAGGACAUCCCCCUGUCAGAGGCUUCCUCCGCCAAGGCAUGCUGUGAGGAGACGCACCCCAGAGAACCUGAAUGCGCCCUAUAACACCCCUGCCCCUGGAAGCCGCCUGGACUUCCAGUCUGGCUUCGAACCUCAUUGGAGUCCCAUAAAACCAGCAGAAUUGCCCUCAGGGUGGCUGGUACCAGACCCCCAGCACCAAUCUACAGACGGAGUAGAAAAAGCAGGCUCUAGAUACUGAUGUUAAAAAACAACAACAGCAAAAAGCCCUCAGGGGCUGAAGAGAAGAUGGGCUUGUCCAUAAAGCCUGUUGCCAUAAGACCAAGCAGGGGCUAUCUCUUCUCUGCACAGCAACCCUGCCUUUGUGUGAUGCCUGGCCUCUUCAAGAUGCUAUUCACUGAAACCUAACUUCACCCCCAUAACACCAGCAGGGGGGAGGGGGGACAUAUGAUUCUCCUAUGGUUCCCUCUCCUCCCUCCGCACCUCUUGUUUUCCUUUUUCCUGUUGUUCCUCCUUUACUUCCCCAGAUGUGUGACCUCUUCGUACAAUGAAAGACAACACCAGAAAGGAGAGGAAACAACUUCUCAGCCCAGGUCUAACAUUAACCAACUAGGCCACAUUCUCUGAGCUUCAGUUCCCAAGUUUGCUUAAUAAGAUUGCAGGACUUGCCAAGAAUCUCGGGAUUUAUAUUUCUAUACCUUGCUGACACCUACCUUGGCCCUCAGACACCACCUCACAAGAAGCCAGGUGGGAAGUCAGUGAAUCAAUUCCAAAACGCUACUCCUUCCCAGCUCACUCAGCUGGGCUAGCUGAGUGGGAUCCAGGAACGGGAGUGGGUGACCUGCCUCAUGACUACCACCUAACGUCCACCUGGGGUGGCUCAGGAAGAUACAGGCUCCGGUAGGGCCCCCUCCGGCCUCAGUAGAGGGCGCCCGCGUUACUCUGGAGUCUAGACGCAGAGAAUCCGGUUUCACAGCACAGUGGAGAGUGUACUAGGCUGUCUCCAUCCAGCCCAGCGAAGCUCCCGAGGGCGUGCUUCCCCACGACCCCGGAGCGCAGAAGCCAUGAAAAUUAAUGGGGGGAAAAGUUUUUAAAAAAAAUAAAAGAAAAAAAAGUUUAUUUACAGCUCGCCCCAGGAGACUUUCCCUGGUGCCUGCGGAUGUCUGAGACCUCGCCCCUGGCUCUCAGCGCCAGCAGCACGUAGUGCCCCUUCCGAAGCUCUCCUGGCCCAGGCCUGGGGGCACUGCUUCCCGGCCUGCGAGGUCCCAAGGCGGGGAAGGAGUCCAGAUUGGGUCCUUCUCACAGGUUAGUGGUGAUAUAUUUUAAGUCCGGGAGCCCGGCCUGCUUCUGCAGUGGGUUGCCGAGGAUAAGAGGUGAGCCCCCUCUCGCCUGGCUGCAGUCCUCGGCGCUUUGGUCCAGAAGGGUGCGAAGAGCGCUGGGCCGAACAUAGUGGAGACUCACCACGGCCCCUCCAAGGAAGAGGCACAGGAUGCCUGUGGCGGUGAGGACCGAAAGAAAGGAGGGCAGGUGGAGUCAAGCUAUAUUGCCCAGGCUGGUUUCCAACUCCUGGUCUCAAACGACCUUCCUGCCUCUACCUCCCAAAGUCCUGGGAUUACAGACGUGAAGUACCGCGCCUGGCCCCUCUCAUCUUUCGGAGUCUAGGUCUUGCGUUACCUCCCCCGGCCCCCUACACAUCCUCUAAUCUGGAUUACAUGAAACAAGGCAAGACACCAAACCCUUCUGAGCCCCCUUUUCAUCUGUAAAAUGGUCAUAACAGUGCCUGUUUCUUUGAACUAUUGAGAGGGGCAAAUCAGAUAAUAGAUGUGGAUUCAUUCUAUAAACAGGAAAGUGCA